AUGUCCAAUAGUCUCUCGCAGUACAUGAGCCGGGGCUCGGGGUUGAAGCCCAGGAGAUCAAGGGAGGGAUGUGCCAGUUGCAAAAAGCUGAAAAUAAAGUGUGACGAAUCCAAACCCAGUUGCGAAUAUUGCGUGCAAACGAAUCGAGCUUGUGUAUAUCCUUCCGCUGCUCGUUGGUGUGUGAAGACUUCAUUUCAACAGGUGAGGAAAGAUAUUUACACGUUGCAGCCUGACCUGGAUAUAACGGCUAUGACCGGUGUGUUAAAUUGCUCUAAAGCAGAUCUCCACUCACUUCAUUUCUUCGUCAACAAUACCGUCUGGAUAUUUUCGCUGGGAAGGAGCGCUUUGAUCUCGAAUUCUUUCAAGGAGAUGUCCCCGGUACUUUUUCGAAACUUUGAGAUGUACAAAGAGUCUGCAAUGGCACUGGGGACACUUCAUUCUUGGUCUAAAUGCUUUGGCAGGGAUUCUCAAACUGCGUUGAGUCUGAAUAGAUUAAGAGAGGUGGCAGUGUCUCAUUUCAAAAAGGCCGUCUGGCACGCCGGAAACUUUGCAAACCGAUUGGGCCAUCUCGAUCUGGAAAAGAUGACUGAGCAAGAGAAAGAGGCGUUAUAUAUUACCAACAACAUUCUUUUCGCAUAUGUGCACUUGGACCCUACGCUGUGUGAAUUGGCUUUGGGCUCCGAGGAAACCGAUGCAUUGGCGUUCUGUCAAGCUGUCACAUCUAUCAACCGUUUACUGGUGCCUUGGGCGAUCGAAAGCCCAAGAAUGAGACCGCUGUUGUAUUUGGGCGAGUACGCCCAACCAAUUCCUCUUGACCUCGAAUAUCCUUUCACGAAACGCUUAAUGGACCAGCUUAACGAAUAUUAUUUUUCCGAGGAAAUAGACAUGAGCAGUUACAAGGAACUGGAGACGUCUAUCAUGAAACUGAAGGCUGUGACGUUUCUGUCCAUCAAAUUUGAAUACUUUAUGCCUUUUUUCCGGUUUUUGGGCUCGGUCUCAACUGAUAAGUUCAGACACCUCAUAAACGAGGAAAAUGAUCCAAUGGCGAUCAUUGUAAUGCUUUAUUAUGCCGCCAUGGCGAUCUUUGCGGACUACUCAUUUAGUGAAAAGGAGAACCAAUGGUCCAGAUUCAUGACCAAUGCGCGGGGGUUUCUGCAGGAGCGAGAUUUGCGUGAAAAUGGCAAACAUGGAUGGGUCAAUAGUGUUGAAUGGCUUUAUGGCUUAUCAAGCUGUAAUUACAGGUUCAGGAUACCGGAAGAAAUGAAACGAUUUGGAAACGAUAUAAUGGUGGAGUUAUCGUCAUGA